UUCGCCCACGGAGGCCGGCCUCGCCUCACCCUCCCUCCCUCCCGCCCGCCUCCGCCGAUCCAUCCACCCAAUAAAGCGCCUGUACAGAUCCAACCCUCAGGAUCCGGAUCGCCCCGCCCCGCGCCGAUCCGCGCGAUUUCAUUCGAUUUUACCUCCGGUUUUUCGCCCGAAUUUUUUUGCGGGUUUUCUCUCUUAUUCGAUCGGAGUGCUAGGGUUUGGGCGCGCGAGGGGCGGCGCAUUCCAGGGCCAUCGUCGCCAGGGGCUAGGGUGAUUUCUCACCGGGGGAAGGGGACCGAACCGAAGCGAUGGAGAAGAAGAAGGUGGCGAUCCCGCUCGUGUGCCACGGCCACUCGAGGCCCGUGGUGGACCUCUUCUACAGCCCCGUCACGCCCGACGGCUACUUCCUCAUCAGCGCCAGCAAGGAUACAAAUCCAAUGCUUCGUAAUGGUGAGACUGGUGACUGGAUUGGCACAUUUCAAGGUCACAAAGGAGCUGUUUGGAGCUGUUGUCUUGACAGAAAUGCUCUCCGUGCUGCAUCUGCAUCUGCUGAUUUCUCAGCUAAAGUAUGGGAUGCACUGACUGGUGAUGAGCUACAUUCAUUUGAACACAAGCAUAUAGUACGGGCCUGUGCCUUUUCUGAGGAUACCCACCUGUUACUCACUGGAGGCAUGGAGAAGACUUUGCGUGUGUAUGACAUGAACCGCCCUGAUGCAGCUCCAAGAGAGCUUGACAAAUCACCUGGUUCUGUCCGAACUGCUGCUUGGCUACAUAGUGACCAAACUAUAUUAAGUUCCUGCACUGAUAUGGGUGGAGUAAGGCUAUGGGAUGUCAGAACUGGAAAAAUUGUCCAAACUCUUGAAACCAAGGCUCCUGUCACUAGCGCAGAAGUAAGCCAGGAUGGCAGGUUCAUCACUACAGCUGAUGGCUCAAGUGUAAAAUUUUGGGAUGCAAAUCACUUUGGGCUUGUUAAAAGUUAUGCUAUGCCAUGCAAUGUGGAGUCAGCUUCACUUGAACCAAAGUCUGGGAGUAAAUUUGUCGCUGGAGGAGAAGAUUUGUGGGUUCAUGUAUUUGAUUUCUUCACUGGUGAAGAAAUAACUUGUAACAAAGGGCAUCACGGUCCAGUCCACUGCGUCCGGUUCGCACCUGGUGGUGAAUCAUAUGCAUCAGGUUCAGAAGAUGGCACCAUCCGGAUCUGGCAGCUUAGCCCCCCUAAUGCUGAUGACAGUGAGGCGGCCAAUGGCAAGGCAACUGCUGGGGUGAACGAGGUUACAACCAAGAUCGAAGGCUUCCACAUCCCCAAGGAGGGGCAGACCGAGGGGUAGGACUGUAUCACAUCUUUGGCAUGCUUAGUGGUGCUUGGUUCGUAUUGGGAGGAGAUUGCCACCAGAGCCGCCAUGCUUAUUCAGUUUCUCCCAUCCGAGUCGUCAUCAAGGCCUGUUUGCAAUCCAAGGAUAGCCUGGCUUCUGAGUCACCAUCACAGCACUGGGGGAAAAAACCAUAUCCCUUCAUGAGCAAUUGGUGGUGGGUUUUUUUGUAUGGGGCCCUCGCUUUGAUAGGACAAUAUCAGCAUAGCGCAUUUAGUGUCGGGAAUAAACCAAGAGAAAAAAGCAAGUUGGGUAGCUUAGGUACCGUGCCUGCGUUCAGAAAGGUUGAGUAUUUUGUACCGCCGCUGGUAACCGUGAUUGUGUGUUGACCUGUUUUUUCCUCGCCGUUUUUCAGUCCGUACAAUACAAUGCAUGAGGGCUUCAUUGACCUGUAAGUUGUGGCUUUUGAUGUUUGAAUGCCGAUCCCCGAAGUUGCCGAACA